CCCAGCGCGGCAGUCGGCGCUGCGAGCCGAGCGACGCGGAGGGCGCGACUGGCGGGCCGGGGCGCGGAGCUGCGCGCUAUCUUUUGGCCUCCACUUCGCGCGCCGGGGCGCGGGCGACACCGCGGGUCCCUUCGGCCGGCCCCGGGCUCGCGGCGCCGGGAGUCGGCGGCCGCUCGCCGGGACGCCGGGACCAUGGCGCUGCGCGCCCGGGCGCUGUAUGACUUUAGGUCGGAGAAUCCGGGCGAGAUCUCGCUGCGGGAACACGAGGUGCUGAGCCUGUGCAGCGAACAGGACAUCGAGGGCUGGCUCGAGGGGGUCAACAGCCGCGGCGACCGUGGCCUCUUCCCGGCCUCGUACGUGCAGGUGAUCCGCGCCCCUGAGCCCGGCCCGGCGGGCGACGGGGGUCCGGGAGCUCCAGCUCGCUACGCCAACGUGCCGCCCGGCGGCUUCGAGCCCCUGCCCGCCGCGCCGCCCGCCUCCUUCAAGCCGCCGCCCGACGCCUUCCAGCCGCUGCUGCAACCGCAGCAGGCGCCACCGCCGAGCACCUUCCAGCCGCCACCGCCGAGCACCUUCCAGCCGCCGGCUGCGGGCUUCCCGUACGGCGGGGGCGCCCUGCAGCCGUCGCCUCAGCAGCUCUACGGCGGCGGCUACCAGGCCAGCCAGGGCAGCGACGAUGACUGGGACGACGAGUGGGACGACAGCUCCACGGUGGCCGACGAGCCCGGCGCGCUGGGCAGCGGCGCGUACCCGGACCUCGACGGCUCGUCGUCCGCGGGCGGCGCGGCCGGCCGCUACCGCCUGUCUACGCGCUCCGACCUGUCGCUGGGCUCCCGUGGCGGCCCGGCACCUCCGCAGCACCACCCGUCGGGGGCCAAGAGCUCGGCUACUGUAAGCCGCAAUCUCAACCGCUUUUCCACCUUCGUCAAGUCGGGCGGUGAGGCCUUCGUGCUGGGCGAAGCAUCGGGCUUCGUGAAGGACGGGGACAAGCUGUGCGUGGUGCUGGGGCCCUACGGCCCAGAGUGGCAGGAGAACCCUUACCCCUUCCAGUGCACCAUCGACGACCCCACCAAACAGACCAAGUUCAAGGGCAUGAAGAGUUACAUCUCCUACAAGCUGGUGCCCACGCACACGCAGGUGCCGGUGCACCGGCGCUACAAGCACUUCGACUGGCUGUACGCGCGUCUGGCGGAGAAGUUCCCUGUCAUCUCGGUGCCCCACCUGCCUGAGAAGCAGGCCACGGGCCGAUUCGAGGAGGACUUCAUCUCCAAGCGCAGGAAGGGCCUGAUCUGGUGGAUGAACCACAUGGCCAGCCACCCGGUGCUGGCGCAGUGCGACGUCUUCCAGCACUUCCUGACGUGCCCCAGCAGCACGGAUGAGAAGGCCUGGAAACAGGGCAAGAGGAAGGCCGAGAAGGAUGAGAUGGUGGGCGCCAACUUCUUCCUGACUCUGAGCACGCCCCCCGCCGCCGCCCUCGACCUGCAGGAGGUGGAGAGCAAGAUUGAUGGCUUCAAGUGCUUCACCAAGAAGAUGGACGACAGCGCGCUGCAGCUCAACCACACGGCCAACGAGUUCGCCCGCAAGCAGGUGACGGGCUUCAAGAAGGAGUAUCAGAAGGUGGGCCAGUCCUUCCGCGGCCUCAGCCAGGCCUUUGAGCUGGACCAGCAGGCCUUCUCCGCCGGCCUGAACCAGGCCAUCGCCUUCACCGGAGAUGCCUACGACGCCAUCGGCGAGCUCUUUGCCGAGCAGCCCAGGCAGGACCUGGACCCCGUCAUGGACCUGUUAGCGCUGUAUCAGGGGCACCUGGCCAACUUCCCCGACAUCAUCCACGUUCAGAAAGGAGCUCUUACCAAAGUAAAGGAGAGUAGGCGACACGUGGAAGAAGGGAAGAUGGAGGUCCAAAAGGCUGAUGGCAUUCAAGAUCGCUGUAACACUAUUUCUUUUGCCACUUUGGCUGAAAUUCACCACUUCCAUCAAAUUCGAGUAAGAGACUUUAAAUCACAGAUGCAGCAUUUCUUACAACAGCAAAUAAUAUUUUUCCAAAAAGUGACACAGAAGUUGGAAGAAGCUCUUCACAAAUAUGAUAGUGUUUAAUGACUGGACAUUGGGUUGUGGACUUUUUUCAGUUCAAGGAUAUUUCUACAGCAGAAUAAAAACUGCUAUCAAAGAGCUAUUGCCAACUAUCAGUGGUGGUACAAGGAUGGUUUUGUGUUCAACUGAAGCUCUGCUGAAUAUAUAAUUACGUAGGAAAGAAACAGUUAAUAUGGUUAUAUAAUAGAAACAGUACCACACAUUGUAACUAAAUUAUACUAUGUAUGCCUACACUACCAUUGUAACUUUUGGAAUAAUGAUUAUACUAUUUGCCUUAUUGCUUUUUGAAGUAUGGGUAUUUUAGUGCAUACUUUGUAGACCUCAAAACCCAGGAAGGGUCUCAAAGAAGCUGGCUGGAUAAAAGCCUGCUGCGGAUGCCUUUUUACUCUCAUAGAUUGGGAUUACCUAAAUUCAACCUAUUCUCUGUUUACAAACUCCAACUAGAGCAGCUAUGCGACUUUGUGCCUUUAAACUCUUGGUUUUUCAUUUCUCCACCCCCUCCCUUUUUUUUUUUUUUUUUUUUUUUGUAAGUAACCACAACUUUUCUUGAUUGAAAGAGUGAAAGGCCAGUGCAUACAAUGACAAACCUGUUGGUAACCUCAUAUUGGCGCUGGGGGCGGGGUGGGCGGUCAGCUGUCAUCAGUUUGCCUGGCAAGUUUUGUCUCCCGACACACGACACACGCUGGUGAGGGCAACCGAGGGAGACCUGAUGCUCAUCUUGGAAUAUGAAGUCUAUUAGGGAAUAAAAUGGUGCCACUCUGUUCCUUAGAUGCUGUAGUAGCAUAGCCUCUUCACGCAAGUGUCCUAGAAACUUGGCGUGGAGAUCGAAACCAACAUGUCUUAUAACACAGAGAAGGAGGAGUCUAAUCAGUUGGGGACACAAGCACAGAAUCAGUGAUGACACAUACCUGGUUUAAUUCUUAAGAGGGUUUUCUUUUCUUUUUCUUUCUUUUUUUUUUAUCUUGAAGAUUUUAAUAUUCAGUGUGUGUGUGUGUGUGUGUGUGUGUGUUAUUAUUUUUUUUUAAUGAUCUACACUGUUAACUGAUUGAGACUCCACUGUGAUUCACUCGUUUACUUAAUCAAAAACUUUUCAGGGAUGUCUGUAAAAUUCAGUGUUAUACGUGAUUGAAAGUAGCGUUGGUUGAUCUAAGGAGGGACCAGAAAUAAUUACUAUUCCAAAUGCUGAAGGAAAAAAAAAAUUGUUUUUUUUUUUUUUUUUCAUAUUGUAAGCCCCCAGGACAUUUAACCUUAAAAAUUAUUUUAAAUAUAUUCUUCUAUUAUUAUAAGGGAAAUAUGAAUGGCUGAUAAAUACCAAAAAGAUUCAAAAGCAGCUUAAUUUAAAAAGCACAAAGAGAUUCUGGCUUCAAAUGCCAAAAUCUCCAUGUUUUUAUAGUUGCUGAGCUAUAAAUAAUGUGAUUCUUCAGUUUACAGAUUGAAAAAGUGUCACUGAAAGGUCAAAGUAUCUACUGUUUUUAUGAAGUCAAACUUAUGCUGCCUCACAAAUCCCUGGAUAUUGAAAUGGUAACACAGAAGUAAAGAGGUCAAUUUGAAAUAUUGGUGAGUCACACUGAUUAAAAAAGACAGGGUCAGUUUUCAGACACUCAAAAAAGAAACGGUUAUUGAAACAAUUACUCAACAGCACAUUUAUUCUAAAAAAAUAAUCUCAUAUGGGUUGAAUUUUUAAGAUCAGAGUGUUGUAAUUUUGAUGAAAUUUUUAUACCUUAGGUAACUUAGAGCCAGAUUUAACAUCAUGUGGCUUUGUUUCUAUUACAGAUAUGUGGAAUUGUGGAAUUGUAACCAAAUAUAUUGUUCUCUAAAAAGUAACUUUAUCUUGUUGAUUGCAAAAUAUAGUUCUAUAAAAAAAAAAACCCAUAUAUCUAUGUUAAUUUUAUUGCAGAAGUUUGGAGAUUAUAAUUAUAGCAUUUAAUUUAAAUCUGAGUCUGUAUUGGACAGAUAAGCACUAUGCUUUUCAAAUGAUUUGAAAAUCAGUUUUAUUUGCCUCUUUAUUUUGAUGGUGGUUUGAUCUUUUUUUUUUUUUUUUUUUUUUAAGUAAAAUCACUAAAGAUGUGCAGUGGUAGCAUGGAAAUUAUCUGAGGUGUCUUGUUAUGAUUGUGCUUUAGCCAGGGUGGACAUAGCUUAAAUUAUAAAAACUAAAAAUUAAAGUACAAGGAGGUAUAAGUUCAUGCUGCCUACUUAGAAGAGAACUUUUGUUCUUCAUAACUACAUAACAUUAUAAUGCCACUGAUUCAUAAGGGGUUUAAAUGAAUUCUGUGGGGUAGGACACCAGAAUUAUUAGUGUUCAUUUUCAUCUAAGAUCUUUAUUUCUCUAACGUUCUUGGUCCUAUUGAAACAUUUCAGUAUACAAAAAUACUGCAAUGUUAAUACCCAAGAGAAAAGCCAUCAUAAUGUGUAUGCUGGUCGUUAUGAUCAGUGUGGUACAAUUUUUUAAAAAAUAAACUAUCAUGCCCUUCAUGCCA